AUGAACGCUGUCCUCCGUUCUGGCAAGCUCAACGUUUGCCACGGGAACGCCCAAAGUUUGUGUGCCAGAAAGUUUGCAAAACUCGACGAACUGAAAGAUCUCCUGCACAGCUCAAAGAUUUCGGUGGCUUGUUUUACUGAGUCGUGGCUUUCCCCUAAAACCAGUGACCGAAGAUUAGCUAUUCCCGGAUUUUCUCUCAUCCGUAACGACAGGAAGUUUCAACGUGGGGGAGGCAUAGUGGUCUACUGUAAGCACCACAUCGGUCGUACCGAAGUUUUCCGCACCGAACUGACAGCAGAAUCGGCGGACAAAACAGAGUGCGUUGCGGUUGAGUUGCGUGUUGAUGGUGAGAAGAUUCUGCUCGUGGUGGUCUACAAUCCCCCCAGGAACGAUUGCUCGGAGUUUCUGGCUGCGAAGCUGUCGGAGUUUGGUACUCGGUAUGAAAACGUUCUUUUAGUUGGUGACCUUAACACAGAUUUGGCAGUACCAAGCACCCUACGAGACCGUUUCACCGAAGUCCUGCAAACCCACGCUCUGUUUUCGGUUGGUGUGGAACCAACCUUCUAUCACAACCGAGGCUGCUCGCAAUUGGACCUCUUCAUAACGAGCUGUGCCGAGAAAGUUUUGUGCUUUAACCAAGUUGGCUUUCCUGCAAUGUCGCAACACGAUCUCAUCUUCGGGUCCCUCGAUUUCGACGAUAACCCGGCACCGAUGAUCACUACGUACCGGGACUACGUCAAUUUUGAUGCAGCAACUGUCGAGAACGCGAUUCUUGCCAUCCCAUGGAGUGACUUCUUUGCAAGCAACGAACCGGAUCUACUGGUCAACUUCUUCAACGAACAGGCGAAGCAGGUGCACGAUGCGUGUAUACCGCUCCGGACAAAGAGAGGCAGUAAAGUAUCAAACGCUUGGUUUACAAAUGAGGUUCGGACUUCGAUGUUGGAGCGUGACUUAGCUUAUGGCGACUGGAGGAGAGCGCCGAGAGCCUUCAAGGACGAAGCACGCCGCCGUUACAACACGCUGAGGAACAGAACAAACGCGAUAGUAGCGGCUGCAAAAGCGCAAUUCCUUAAUCGACACCUGGACAACCGUACACCGUCGAAAAUCCUAUGGAAUCGCCUCAAAAGCAUAGGGGUGGGGAAGGAGCGCACAUCACCCACGUGUGACUUUCACCCGGACGCUGUAAACCAAACCUUCCUGUCAAGCUACAUCGCUGGUGAACCCGUGCGCAGGAGAACAGGACCUGAUAAUCCGUACAGUUUUGCUUUCCGACCUGUGCAGCAAUGGGAAGUGGUGAAUGCUGUGUGGGAUAUUAGUUCUAACGCUACUGGACUUGACGGACUGCCGAUUGCCUUCGUCAAGAUCAUCCUGCCACUGACCAUACAGCAAGUCACACACAUCUUCAACAGCAUCAUCGAGACGUCUACGUUCCCAGUAUGCUGGAAGCAUGCAAAAAUCUUGCCAUUGCGGAAAAAGCCUCAUCUGAACGCGUUGACCAACCUCAGACCGAUUAGCAUCCUGUGCGCACUGUCGAAGGCUUUCGAAAAGCUGAUGGAACGUCAGAUGUCAACGUUCAUCGCUGAAAACAACCUCCUUACGGAUCAUCAAGCCGGAUUUCGGAAAGGUCAAAGCAUACAAACUGCUGCUGUACGAGUCUACGACGAAUUAGCGAAGACGGUGGACAACAGAGGGUCUGCUGUUCUGCUGCUACUCGACUUUUCAAAAGCGUUUGACACGAUUCCACAUCGCAAGCUGUGUGCCAAACUGGAAGUACAGUUCAACUUCUCUGUUUCUGCGGUCAACCUGGUCAAAUCGUACUUGGAAAACCGAACACAGACUGUUUUCUGCGGUGAUCAACAGUCUGAAACUGGAGUAGCCACUUCUGGAGUUCCACAAGGAUCAGUGUGGGGCCCGCUGUUGUUUUGUUGCCACGUCAAUGAUCUGCCGACGGCCCUCAAGUUCUGUUCAAUCCAGAUGUAUGCAGAUGACGUUCAGCUGUACAUCGGUCGUCCUGGGCCCUGCUCCCGUGAAAUCAUACGCAUGAUGAACGAAGAUCUCGCAAGCAUAGUGGAAUGGUCGCGUCGAAACCAACUUUGUGCUGCUGGUGCUCCGGUUGGGACUCGCCUAAAACUGUUUAAAUCGCUGAUCCUCCCCCAUUUUCUGUUUGGCGAAAUCCUACACGUCAAUCCGAGUGCAAGUGCCAUGGACAGACUACGGAUAUCGCUGAACUGCUGUGUCCGGUUUGUAUACGGAUUAAACCGUUACGACCACGUAAGUCAUCUGCAAGCAAAUCUCCUGGGAUGCCCGCUGGACCACCUCUACGCCCAUCGCUCCUGCAUCUUCCUACACAAGCUGAUCAACACGCACUCUCCACCUGCACUGUUCCAGAAGCUGAUACCGUUCCGGGGUCGUCGUUUGGCAAACUUGAUUAUCCCGCGCAACAACACAGCAACCUACGCUAGUUCACUGUUUGUACGAGGCGUGGUAAACUGGAACAUGCUGCCAACGGAGGAGGAGGAAAACAGUUUUGCGACCGGCGCGAUCGUGCGACAGAAUGAAACUGAGAGCGAUCGACGGUGCGCUCGGCUGGAAAAGCCCCCGACGACGAUCGACUGGCGGCGUGGCCAGUCGGCGAGCCGAACGAACGAGGUUCGUUGUCUGUGGUGA